CAGUAAAUUCUCUGACAGAUUAGCUACCGUUCUCCACUGACUCGCAGUUUCUGUAUACGCCUACAGCCUUUGGUCCAGUUAGUAAUCAACUCCAACGGAUUGAACUCACAGCCGUUCAUCAUUUGACAAGGAAAAAACAAACCAAGGACAGUGCCCUUGUGUCGACCUAUUCGGACAUUCCAAAAAUACGUUUUAGCUUUAAGUUUUCGCGUUACAUUCGUUUUGUUUCGGUUUUGUGUUGUAGUUGUAAUCUAGCUAAUCUCUCUAAAUUAAAAUCAUGGAUAAUUUCGCAAUGGAUUUUAACCAGUUUUGCACUUUUGAUACUUUCAGAAGGCUAUGGGAACAUUAUGGAUACGGUCGUAGGUCUAAUCUUCAGGAUUUAAGAAAAAAAGAGUUCGCCAGGAUUAAAGGAAUGACUUACUUGGAUCAUGCUGGAACAACAUUGUAUCCAGAGUGUCUUAUUAAAGGAUUCUUCCAAGAUAUGGCUAGUAAUGUCUAUGGCAACCCACACAGCCAUAACUCCAGCAGCAGGCUAACCCAUGACACAGUUGAACGUGUCCGCUACAGAAUAUUACAGCACUUCAACACCAGCCCAGAAGAAUAUACAGUGGUUUUCACUUCUGGCUGCACUGCUGCACUCAAACUUGUGGCUGAGAGCUUUCCCUGGAAGGCAGCCUCCACUGAGGAGCCGGGAAGUCAGUUCUGUUACCUGACUGAUAACCACACUUCAGUAGUGGGAAUCAGGGCAGUAGCAUCCUCAUUUGGAGCUGAAGUUAUUUCCAUUUUACCAGAAGAGGUGGAAACCAGAGUAAAAGUAAUGUCCCAGACAGGUGGCAAAGGAUACCAAGUGCCACACCUAUUCAGCUACCCUGCUCAAAGCAAUUUCUCUGGAAAUAAAUACCCUCUAUGGUAUGUGAAGGGUAUCCAGACCAGGAAGCUGUACCCCUCUUGCGACAGAGAAGGAACAUGGUUUGUUUUACUGGAUGCUGCCUCUUUUGUAAGCUGCUCAUUUUUGGACCUCCAAGAACACCCAGCUGAUUUCGUACCCAUCUCUUUCUACAAGAUGUUUGGCUUCCCCACAGGACUGGGAGCUCUUCUUGUCAGAAAUGAUGCAGCAUCCAUCCUUAAGAAAUCAUAUUUUGGAGGAGGGACUGCAGCAGCUUAUUUGCCAGAAGAGGACUAUUUUGUAGCAAGGCCAACCACCUCCAGCAGAUUUGAAGAUGGCACUGUAUCUUUUUUGGAUAUAAUUUCCCUACAUCAUGGUUUUGAGACACUGCAGAGGCUCACUGGUAGCAUGGACAGAAUCCAGCUGCAUACCUUUGGUCUUGCACGCUACACAUACAUCUUAUUAACCAGCCUUCACCAUAGCAACGGAAAACCACUGGCUCGGAUCUACUGUGACACAGAUUUUGAAGACCCCAGCAUGCAGGGUGCCAUCCUUAACUUCAACCUACUGGACAGCCAAGGGAACUUUGUGGGGUACUCUCAGGUGGAGAAACUGGCAAGUCUUUUCAAUAUCCAUCUGCGCACUGGUUGUUUCUGCAACAUAGGUGCCUGCCAGUUUUACCUGGGCAUCACCAAUGAAGCAGUGAAGAGUAAUCUACAGGCAGGUCACUCAUGUGGCGACAACAUGGACCUUAUUGAUGGGCAUCCAACAGGAUCAGUGCGCAUAUCCUUUGGUUAUAUGUCCAGCUUCGAUGACUGUCAGAACUUUCUCAAGUUUAUAGUGAAGUGCUUUGUCCAGGGGCCGGUAAAAUUCACAGAGGAAAACCUAGAGAGACUGAGACCUGCAUUAGCUCCACACAUCCAGGACCCCCUGCUGCUAUUACCAGGUGUCCAGUCUGAAAAUGGAAGGAAGAAGGAGGAGUAUGAUUUGACGGCUGCAAGGAUAACCUCAUCUGAAGAACUUGGUACCCCAGCAGCUAGAGGCAUGGGAACCCCUGGAACACUAACCAACAUCUUCCUGUAUCCAAUUAAAUCUUGUGCUGCCCUGGAGGUGAACGAAUGGCCCUUGGGACCACAGGGUCUGUUGUAUGACAGGGUAUGGAUGGUAGUGAACAUGAACGGAGUUUGUCUAAGCCAGAAACAAGAGCCACGCUUGUGCCUGAUUUGUCCACAGGUCCAUUUGGACACAAAAAACCUGAGUGUGAAUGCAUCAGGAAUGAAUCCUAUAUUUGUUCCUCUGGAGGGCAGCAGUGAGCAAUAUCAGGCAGAGCCUGUGCAUCAGAGCAAGGUGUGUGGGGACAGGGUUCAAACAGUGGACUGUGGUGACAGAGUAGCUGCUUGGCUGUCAGAGUUCCUGGGGAAACCAUGCCGCCUCAUCAGACAAAGUCCUAAUUUCACCAGAGACAGGAGGCGAGACCACAAGACAGGAGGGUCAGCAGUUUCCUUGUCUCUGGUGAAUGAAGCCCAAUACUUGAUGAUCAACAGGGCUAGUAUAGAUCUCCUACAGGAGCUUAUCAUCGGCAGAAACGGUUCUGGCAGCUACCAGCACUUUGAUGUCCAGCAGCUGAUUCACCGUUUCCGUGCAAACCUGGUCAUCUGGGGAGAGGAGCCCUUUGAAGAGGAUGAAUGGACCAGCUUGAAGAUUGGCAGUACCCUUUUCAAGGUGGCUGGACAAUGUGGCCGGUGUCAGAUGAUUGGAAUUGAUCAGUCCACAGCAGCCAGGAGUCAAGAGCCUCUGCAAUCACUUGCCACCUGCCGCAAUGGAAAGGCCACCUUUGGGAUGUAUCUGAUCCACCAGGAGUCCUCGAGUUCUGUUUUAACGGUGGGAUCCCCUGUCAUUCCUGAAACAUUACCUGCCCAUCAGAAAACAAACUGUACACCUUAAUAGCACUAAAAGGAGACACACUUAUUCAUUUUUAGAGCUGUGGGCAAGCAUUUGAAAAUGAAAUGCAAAUUAAUAAAAGGAUGAAUGGUUAUGUCUAUUCAUUGCUGUUGUUAAUUCUGGACUUAGUCAGAUGACAAGCUGUAUCAUUUUCUUAAUAGCUGGUCACAUAUUCCUAAACAAAACAAUAUGAAUGCUGUCAAUACCUUAAAUAGGUUCGUGGUAUUAUAUAAUGUGGAUAUUUCACACUGUAAUGUAGCGUUAGUUAGGACUGUAGUGUUUGUGAAGCAUGCAACAGUGAUGAGGUAAGAGUUGGAACGUUGCCAAAACAUGGUGGACGGUUGAAAAUGUUCAUGUCCCAUCCCCAUACAAGAAAGCAUACGAGAGCACAGAGUAUAGAAA